UCUGACACAAAAAUGAGGUUUCCGUUUACGUCUACAACAUUAAUACAUCAUCUCGGAAAACAUGAGAGAAUAGUAAACGCUGAACGAAACGUGCAGUUUUGGAAAGAUCAAAUUGAAACGUUGAGGUGGUUGGAUAAAUUUUAUAGAAAAGCUGAGGAGAAUUUUCGAGCAAAAUGUAAGAAAUGUAAUAACAGUUAUUUAUAUAUCUCCAAUGACAGAAUUAAGGAGCACUUAAGCAAGCAUAAAGACAUUUUCGAUUAUGAAGAAUAUAUGGAGACAACGGAAGACAGAAAAAUUGGCUGGAAAGGUAUGAGGUUCAUAGAUGACAAUGCCCGUGAAAUAGAAUGUAUGAUAUGUAAUGAAAUUUUGUCAAAUAACUCCUUCAUAAACAAUCAUGAAAUACAUUAGUUAUCGGUGAAAAUCAUACCGAUUCUAGUACAUUGCGAAGAAAAAUGAAGGGAAUGAUUAUAACGAUUGUGGCGCAUCAAAAAUAGAAAUGAGGUGAAUAAAAUAAAAAAGGAAAUAUUUCUAUUUCUGCGAAAAGUGUAUCAAAUGCAUUAUUUUUUAUAUGUCGUAGUAUCAAUAAAUAAAAAGCCACACAUAUGUUUGAUGUAGACAUUUUUAUAGAUAAUAGAAUAUUAAUUGAAGGUUAUAAAUUCCGUUAAGAACAACUUUUGCAUUAUUUGGAAAAUAUUAUUUAUCUGUAUUACUGAUUUGCUGUAAGGUUUCUUUCUCGCCCCUUCCAUCUUGCUCGCUCGCGAAAUUGUUAUAUUACUAUACAUUCGCAUCCUACCGUUCUUCUUGAUAACUGUUAGGUAGGUUUAAACGCUGUCAAUAUUUACGUUCAAAUAGAAAAACUGUACGUCUCUUUCCUCGACCACUUCCAUCAGGCACUUUUCGACGAAAUAAUAUUCGCAUCGUCUUCAGUUAAACGCGUUCUAUCGUACAGAUCAGACACAAUGUCCUGGCAAUUAGCAACUGGAGACCUCCCCUGGAUAGAAGAACACUAUAUAAAAAAGGAAUCCAACCACAAUUUUCAAGUGAAAUGUAUAUCUUGCCAAAAUCAUAUUAAAUACGCGAAAGUUCGUAUGUUUAAGAAACACAUACGUAUUGAGCAUUCAGAGGAAUAUAUAAUGGAAUGCGAAAUGCAAUGUAACCGUAAUGUGUGGAAAUAUUUUAUCCUAACAAAGAAAGGAAAUACAAGAUGUAUUGUAUGUAAAAUUGUGAUGCUUGGAAAACAGUCAAAAGAAUCCUUAGAAUAUCACUUAUCGGAAUAUCAUGAGAACGAAGAAGAACUAAAGCCCUAUGAUACACAAAAUUGGGCUUGGAAAUACGUCGACGCAGAGGAAGUUAAUAAUUUUUUUGGAAAAUGUACGCUUUGUAACACAAAAAUGAGGUUUCCGUUGAUGUCUAAAAAAUUAAUACUUCACCUCAAAGAAGAUGGAAUAAAAGUAAACGAUAAACGAAAUGUACAGUUGUGGAAAGAUCAAAUUGACAAUUUGUAUUGGUUGCAUAACUUUUAUGCAAUAGCUGAAAAGGAUUUUCAAGCAGAAUGUAAGACUUGUGGACACAAUUAUUUUUAUGUUUCCAUUAAGACGAUUAAGGACCACAUGAGGAAGCAUAAAAAUAUUUUCGAUUAUGAACAAUAUAUGCAGAAGACGGAAAAAAGAACAUUAGUCUGGAAAGGUAUGAGGUUUAUAGAUAAUAAUGCACGUGUAAUAGAAUGUAUGGGAUGUCAAGAAAUUCUGAAAAAUAAAUUCUUUAUAAACAAUCAUAAAACGCAUCAUAAGCCAUUGCUCUCCUAUCAAAUUUAUUGGGGAUUUAAAUACAUGAAACAACUUGGAGAUUUGGCAAAAUGUACGAUUUGUGAAGAAGAUGUAAAACUUGUUUGGCAUGCAAACCAUUUAAAAAGUCACAUAAAAAAUCAACACGAAGAGAUAUGGACAACAAUGAAUGCAAUGUAUCAACAAGUUAUUCCGUCGACAAGCCAGGCAGCCUAAAAGAAAAAUAAACAUUUCUCUACAUCGAGUUUGACAAUUGGAAAUGGUGGUAGCGACACUUUUAAUUAGCAUGGUUUGACUUUGACCGAAGUGAUUUCAAAUACAUGAAGACUUUGGCAUGUAAUUUGACUUAUUUGUCGCAUAUCAGCUUUAUGAUUAUAAAUAUAUAAAAUUUGUAAAGUUAAAUGUAUUUAUAAAUUUAUAAUUUAAAUGCAAUAUUUUAAAUUUAUAAAAUUAAAUACUAUGUUUAUAAUUUUAAACAAUAUUUAUAAUUUUCAAGCAUGAUAUACUUCAAAUUACGCUUUAAAAUCAAAAACUGUGUUCAUAUAUUAACAUUUCGUGAUCAGCAAUAACGGCAGGUUUGACUUUGACCUAAGUGAUUUGAAAUACAUGAAGACAUUGGCAUAUAAUUUGACUUAUUUGUCGCAUAUCAGCUUCAUGUUUAUAAAUAUAUAAAAUUUGCAAACUUAAAUAUAUUUAUAAGUUUAUAAUUUUAAACCAUACUUAUAAAUUUUAAGCAUGAUAUGCUUCAAAUUACGUUUUAAAAUCAAAAACUGUGUUUAUACAUUUAUAAAAAGUACAUCGACUUUAUGAUUAUAACAUAACAUAAUAUAACGAUUUUUUUAUAGUGACGAAUCUUCCAUUGACGUACUCAGUACAUACAUAAUACGAAUAACAAAAAUUAGAUCAUUAGUAUUUGUUCGAAAUCUGUCGCAUCGUAGCUUAAAAUAGACAUAAUGUCUACGUCACUCGAUAUUUGAAGAAAGAACCGUUUGCUACAUAUAUUUAGCAAUUGGACCUGAAAAUAUUACUUUUUUGUACAAUAUUUUCAUGAAAAAA